AUGCGUAUCCCUAUCCUUUCCACACUGCUCUUCUUUUGGCAAUGGGGAAAUACAGCAACCGGCACGGCGACUCCGGGAGCUACCGUGACGUCAUCCGACGAUGAAGUUAGUAUCAGCUCGAUGGAGUACAACUCCGGAGAUGGAUAUGCGGCACAGGAUCCGAUGAAUAUUGGUGCGAUGCUAUUAGAUCCCGCACAAAGUACAGCCAGACAGCGACAAGAAAAGGCCCAUCUCCUCAAGCGCAUGGACCGAAAAAGCGGGAAAUGGGGAACCACUCAUCCCAGAUAUCGACUCUUGGAAGCACUCUUCGGCUUCAGCAAGUACCGGGAACGAAACAUGGCUGAACUUGAUCGAUGGCGUAGUCUUUAUAAGAACGUCGGAAAGAAACAGAAGCAGAUCCUGGAAAGAGUCGUUCAGUACACCAAGAAGCUUGAUGAUAUUGAAGAAUUGAUCUACACAAAUGAGGUCGUAUGUAAAAGUAUUGUUGCGACAGCAAUGCAGUACUACCAUAUUACAUCGAGAGAGCUGGAAGACCAUGUAAAAGAAGCAGAAAAGGCCGGCCGCCAGGCUGACAAGACUGGCGUCUCUCAAACGCUGAAACACUUCGUUAGAGACUGGGCUGAUGAAGGCAGCAAAGAACGUGAUGAGGCAUUUCCAUGCAUAUUGAGCACAAUUUCGAGCCUCAAGGACAGUUCACCGGGGUUGAAAAAAGUCCUGCUGCCAGGAUCUGGGGUCGGCCGCCUUGGGCAUGAGAUUGCUAACCUUGAAGGUUUCGAAGUGACAAUCAACGAAUGGUCCAUGUUCAUGAAUGUGGGCUACAGAUUCAUUGAGUCGCAAUCAGCAGCAAACGCAUUCACCUUCUACCCAUUCAUCGAUGGCAUGUCGCACCACGCUAUUACCGAGGAUAUGCUGCGUCCGCUCGCGGCCCCCAAUGUAGCGCCUAACCGAGAUGUAUUGCUCGUUGAGGGUGACUUCAACACCGUACUCAACGAUCGAAAGGGGCAUUUUGACAUCAUAGUCACUCACUACUUCAUCGAUACUGCGAGGAACUUGAUGGCUUACUUCGAAACUAUACAUCGUCUACUCCAACCAGGUGGCAGAUGGAUCAACUUUGGGCCGUUGCUAUAUGGCACUGGACCGUUUGUACAGCUCAGCCUCGAGGAGAUUAUUGCCGUUGUCGAAGACAUGGGCUUCGUUUUUGAAGAUUUGAGCGACGAGUGUGGGGACUUGACCUUUGAGGACAGAAAAGUCAGGAGCAAACAGUCCGAGUACGGCUUCAAUCGGAAAGCGUUGACAAGGUACGCGUAUUUGGCACAAGCCUGGAUGGUCCGGAAAGUUUGA